AAAAGAGUGCAGGCCUCAUUUGCAUUGAACGCCGUAAGUUUUCACAAUGUAGACCUCCUACUCCAACACCUGUACAAAUUGUUUCACCCUUCUGAGAGCAGAGCGUGUCAGCCGACCCAACUCGGAGUGCUUUUGGUGGAACCCGGAAAAGUGUCUCGUGGGCCCAUCGUCGAUGCAAUUUCCAUGCCUCGAUGGACUUCAAAGGACAAACAAGGUAUUCGUCAUCAAUGUUGGGACUGUCAACUUGGCCGAUAGUGACUCGAAUGGCUGUGGGAAACAGUAAAGGUUAGAUGCUUCCGUUCUAUAAAAAUGAAGCAAAUGGCUUCGACUGAAAGAGAUCCUCAAUAGCCGCAUGCGCAUUCCAUCGAGAGUUGUAAUAGCGUGACGAAAGUCCCUCAGUCUCCUAGUCUGCAGCGAUGUCCCUGAAGGAAGUGACGACGCGUGGGUCGGACACAGACCGGACAGCCGUGGUCUCGUUUCUGAAUCAGAGGGAUAUUUCCAGAAGGAUUUGCCGCCUUGGAAGGUCAUGGGUUUCUCGAUCGCCCGUAGCUUCGUUAUGGAUUGUCAAAGUCUGCCAUGUGCUCUGUAGGCAUCUUGUGGAGAUAUCACACGAUGUUUGAUCCGCGCAGGCUGCCAUGAGAAUGCCCGCAUCAGAGAUGCAUAAAUGCUUGAAAAGCUCAAUGAUCGGAUCCCGUUGAGCAGAUGUGGCAUCACUUCAUGUAAUCUCCGAACACCCAUCCAUCCCCCUAACUACACCCGGCUAGGGGGAUGUCAGAGUGUCGGAGACUACAGAAGUCAUGGAACGGACCCCACAAGUCUGGACGAGAGUACAUGAUUUGGUAUGAAUCAAUCGUAGUUCAGGUUCUGGUACACCAUUUUCAUGACACUAUGUCGGAUAGGGGGCCAGGAAAAUAUUGAUUUUCCAGACCCUGACACAAAUGUCCAAGAUGAAUAUCAGCGGUGAGGUUGAUUGGUAGAAGCGUGGAUGCUCUUCAUACAGCUAGACAAAAGGAUGCACGUAUUUCACGCCAGUGAUUCAAGUGAAGCAAAUACGACGUGAUGGCAAGAGGUGUGGAGAAAUUAGAAGAUGGGGCGAUGAUGUGGCGACUAGAGUGGCAUUUGUGCUUCCUUAGUUCCAUCUCAGGGACACUAGUUCAUACAUAAGCCCAAGAGAAGAGUAUAAGACGUGAAAUAUCGGACCAUUCGUAAUAUUUGAGCACUACCAACAUUUUUUCCAUACAUCGCUGGCUGGAUAGUGCAUCCUGUUCCGGAACACAUCUCUGUUUGUUGUUGAAUAACAGUGUGCUAAAUGCGAAGGCAGGAUGAAGGAUGCCGAAUACAGACUUUCUGAUGCGACUCGAUGUUUAGGACUCAUGUAUAUAUUUCAGAACGGGCGCUGUGAGGAUGCUCUGGCGUCAGGAGGAGGGCUGUUUACAGAAGAUUCAGCAAAAUGAGUCUCAAACAAGUCUCAGCAGAUGUCUGUACGAUAGCUCAAAUGGGACGAUAUACACUUCAGCAUUGUAUCUUAAGCCAAAAUUGUCCUUUGGCUUUCUGACAAGCAGUUGCAUCACAUCCAACCUGGUUAAGAAGAUGCUUGUGGAUACUUCUGGUACAACCAUGCUGUAGUUUCUCAAAGUCUUCAUUUUUCUUCCGACUGAGAUUGUGAACGGAUAUUCAUGUAUUAGACGAGGUCGCAACAGAAAUAACUGCUUUCCGAACACACUGAGAUAAGAACUUACCUUUCAGACGACAUAGUAUAACUUUUUUUAAUCAACAAUGUGUAAGAAGAUGGAUGGAGGUUCAACGUACAGCCGUCCAUCCAUUGAGAGUUUCAGCAUUUUACGUCAUUAAUGUAGAAAUUUGUAAAAAGCUAAGGUUUCUAGGUUGCUAUUGUCCAAUGUGUGUACCAUAGAACUGCUUUGCAGCUGAGCAAGAGUGGUAGACUUAGUCAACAAGAAAACGCAUACGAAAAAGCUCAGCACAAUGUUUUCUUUGGUGACAACCUAUUAGAUCAUGAUAACGAAGUGAUCCCAAUCGUGUCCAAAUUGCGUUCGACUUGUACGGCUUUUAAACAGCUAAUAUCACUUCGAAGCCUUAUUAUCAGAGAAUUUUUU